AUGAACGUGGCCAUCGCCGGAGUUAUAUUCCUCCCCCGCAGUGCCGGAGCUUUACUCUUCGUCUCCGAGGCCUCAAUAGCUACAAUCGACACGACAACAACACAGCCAUCAUCACCGGAGGUUUACUCCACUCCGAGGCAGCUUAAUUUCCAGCCUCCUCAGUGGAGCAAAAGUAGUAGAACAUAUCUCUUUGCAUGGGAGAAAGAAGAACAUGACAUCACUCAAACCCAAGAUUUUCACAAAUCUCAAAUCACCAAAUCAAUGCGAUUUGGACAUCUCAAUUGA